UCGAGCGCUGCACCGCGGAGCCGGAAGUUGCCCCUGGCUGGGGUUCCGGGCUGGCUUCGGCGUCUGCUACCCCCCGCCCGCGAUGGAGGAGACCGAGAUGCAGCUCAAGGUGAAAAAAGUUACAGACAAAUUCACGGAGAGCAUGUACAUCCUGGCCAACGAGCCGUCUGUGGCACUGUACCGGCUGCAGGAGCAUGUCAGGCGCUCACUUCCGGAACUCGCCCAGCACAAGGCUGACAUGCAGAGCUGGGAGGAGCAGAGUCAAGGAGCCAUCUAUACCGUGGAGUAUGCCUGCAGCGCCAUAAAGAACAUGAUGGACAGCAGCGUGUAUUUCGAGAGCAUCGACAGGCUGCUCAAGCAUGCCAUCACUGUGAAGGAUCAGCUGAAUUCUGCUCAGGGCCGCAGCGCUGGAUGGCCUGGGUGCCAAGAGAGGACGCUGCCCACACGCCUUGUCUUCGGGGACAUGCGGGGAUGAGAGCUGCCUUCUCCUUUUAAAAGCUUCUGAAGCCAAAGCCACAAGCGAUUAGCCAGGAGUGGUGUGUAAAGGCCCAGUGGAGGACUGGGAUCUCCUUGGGCAGAUGUUGUGGCUCUAACUGAUGUUCUAGAUCCCCCUAGCUCAUUGACUAAUGGCCCUGUUUGUGUAAAGCCAGGGGCUGGGUUUGGGGACUUGCCUGUCACAGCCACACCUGUCACAGGCUCCAGGGAGAACGGAGGUGUGCUCUCCCCACCAAUCUCCGGGAGAAAGCCAGCACCGUGGAGGGGCAUCAUGGGGGUAUUGGUGGGGGGUGUCCAGCCUCUCCCUCAUAAGACAAAUGGCAGAAGCAUUACAGUAUCUCAAAAACCAGGUCACAAAGUCUUUUAAAACUACUUGCUAUUGUCCCCCUUUCCCCCUGCUCCCCCGAAUCCCAAAACACCACAGCUGCCUUCUGCUCCUUUCUCAGUGUUAUGGCCUCUUCAAAGGGAGAAACUAAGGCAGAGAGAAGCUAAGUGUCUUGGCCACGAUUGCACAGCAGGUCUGGCUGUGGCCCCUCUUAGUGUAAGAUCUGAGCGCUUCCCAGCCUCCCAUGAGCCAGGAGAGGGCUCUUAUCCCUGGUCUACAGAUAGGAACUGGGACCCAGAGAGAUGAAAACCCAGAUCCUCAAAGGUAGUUAGGCACCUAAUCCCCCUUGAGCUCACUGAUCUGGCCUAAGUGACUAGCCCAAGGUCUCGCAGGGAGCUUCCGGCAUAGCAGGGAAUUGAAGCCAGCUGGCCCUAGUCCUGGCACAGCACUGCUGCACCAUCCUUCCUUGGGCACAGCCCUGCCCGGUGUCAUGCUCAGGGUUUGUUGGCUGAAGGGCUGUCCAGAAGUUACACUGCAGCCAGGCUGCAAACAGGAUUCCGGUCCCACCACUGCAGGAAUAAACCUGGACUCAGGAACCUGGGGACGCCGGCUGGGAAGCAAGCGAUCCUGGCAGCCUGACCUAUAAAUAGGUUUUCAGCAACCUCCAAAGCACCGGGGGGAGGCAGGUGCCAGAGCAUUCUCGAUGAAAUGCGUGAGUUCUGUGUGGGGCCGAGCCCUCCCUCCCGGCGGAAUGAGAUCCCAGCGUUUGCAGAGAAAUGAAAAUGCUUGCCUGCUAAAUAGACGGAAACACCGCAGCAGAACAAGCCAAUGGCAAGGUGCCGAAUCAUCCGGCUGUCCAACAGGAACCAGUCAGCUCUGCAAAACAGGAGAGAGAAACACUUCAGUGGUAAACUAGAGCAGUAUCUAGUGAUGCCCACUGCCUUUAUCCCAGUGCAGUAUCAUUUUAAUCUGAUCAGAACAGCUCUACCAGAGGCCUUUCCUGCACCUGCAAGGGGAUUGACUCUGACCCCUAGUGACCCUAAGAUCUUAUAUUCUCUGAGGCUAUAUAAAGCAGUGCAGAGCUUCUAUACCAACACUCCAAUAUUCAAAUCAAUCUAAGAGGCUGGGGUUUGGAUCUAGUUCGAUGGCCCAGGCUAGUGGUUUCUACAUGCUGUAAAGCACCUCAGUCCAAAAAUCUGGACUUGGGGUGAAAAGUGCAUUGGCUGCGGGUUCUAGAGCGUCUCAGAGAUGCUGUGAUGCAUUUUAAGCCCUAAACUUGCCUCCUAGGGAGCCGAAUUCUCCUCUCAGCCAUGUGCAUGGGGCCAUCUCCUCUGGUCUCUGCGGCACAGAACACUGAUGUCGCUGGAAGUGUCACGUGCAGGGGGAGCCAUGUAACUAAGCCCAGAUCUGCUGUGGAGCUUGGAGAGGAGAGGAUUGCCUGGGCAGUUCUACUGCGAUGAGGGGCAAGGCUGUCUUCAUUUCAAUAUCUUUCCUUCCGGUCCCCCCACCCACUGAUUUGUUGGCUGAGAAAUGAAAACCAAAGACAGACAACCCACAGUUGAUGAAUGAGCUUGAGGUUCAGCCAGCCAGCAGAGGGAGCCCACAUUCACCACCUUUCCAAACACGGAUGAUGCAACUACAUAACAGAAGCAAACGAAGCAAGAGCCAUAUUUGCUCAGCAUUUCUGCAGGGAGGGAGAUAAACCUAAAGAGGCUGCAAGAUGGAAAAGAAGGCAGAAGCUGGUGGGAGAAAGAAAUAUUUCAACACUUCUUAAAGACUAUUGCAAGAAAUGAAGAGCAAAGAAACAAGAUAAUGCGUUAGUCCAUAAGUCUAUCGCCCUUUAAAAGAGCAUGAAAGGGUGAAGUGCUGUUGCAGUGAACUAAGCAAAGCCAGGUUGCAUUUUCAUUCUCGGUGCUGAAUUGCUUUGCUUAAUGAGCUGUGUUAAUUUAGAUUCACAUUUUGGAAGGGGGGUGACCUUCUUUCUGAACGGUGCAUAAAACAUCAAAGGCCAGCUCCUAUCCAGGCACGUAUUCCAUGCUCCUCACGGUAGUAUCUGAGCCCUUCCACUUGAUAGAUUCAGCUUAUUCCAGUUGUGACACUGGAUGGUUUCUGUGGGCGCACAGAUUCCCUUGAGACUUGCCAGGAGCCCUGCUAUUAGACGUUAGUGAGCAUGCACUCAAUAGCUGUUCUUGUCCACCCUGCAAAAGCUGCUUGAGAUUGUUUGUUCCCUUCAUUACAGCUGAGGUGACCUACAGAACCUCAGCACUCCUCUUAUGGCACUUCAUGGGCCAUCAUCACCGAAGGAAGCCCGCACGUCAGCCUCUUGUUAAUUGUGAGAGCAGAACAUAGUCAUGAAAGGAGGUGACAAUGGGAAAAGGACACAAAGUGCUGUAGGCUUAAGCAUGGUUAAAGGUUGUGAUUGAAAGAUGCUCCAGCACAACUGUCUCUGUAGGAGACAAGGAAAGGAUUGUGUAGCUCAUCCCGGAGAGACAGGUGGCGGAUUGUGAUGUUGGAAUGACUGACACAGGGAGCGGUUUUCACAUUGCUGAGCGGGAUGGGUUGGCAACCCCUGGGGAGUGGCGCUCUGUAUCUGUUCUGAGCAAUACACGCACACACCCCCUCCUUGGCAAUGCGUGCGGUGGCUUUGACACUGAGUAACUGCCCCAGGGGUUGAAGGGCACCUCAGUCUCCUAGGUCCAGCAGUCCUUGGCCUCAAAAAUUGGUGGCAAAGGGGCCAGUUAGUGCUGAUAGUGGUGGUUAUCUUUGUAAUGUGGACAUCUGUCCAUUGGGAAUUGACUUGAGGCCUAACAACUCGUGACAUGCAAGAACCACUGGAUUGCCUUCA